GCUGACCGCCGCCCUCUUAGGUCUCCCUACCCCUUCUGUAAAAUCUUGGAGGCUGGCUCUGCAUGACACCCCCAAGGGGUGAGCAAGGGCCCGCUAGCCAGGCGCCUGGUGGAGUGGAAGACACGGCUGGGUCAGAAGCCAGGUCAGCUUAGGGGAAGCGCCGACGCGUCCCCGACCCACUCCACUCGGGGCCCUGAUCUCACCACAGCCCCUCAAGGCCCAGCGGCGGCUGAGCCGGUUCUGGUCAGGUGCCCACAGCCCGCCCCCUGCCCCCCGUCCAGGAGAGGCCCGAGGCCCAGGGCAGUUUCUGAAGGCGUGGGACUAGUGCACUCAGGCUGGGCAGAGAUACGGGUUUGCGGGGACCAAGAGGAAGGUGGCCGGAGUGUCCGUGCCCCCCUGGACCGGGACAGACUGACUGAGUGGGCUGGAGACAGGCCACCCUCCCAUCUCCCAUGGCUAUCUGAGAGUCUCCAGUCCCCUGGUCUCUGGCCUGGGCCUCAAGGGCACGGCCCUGCCCGUUCGCCAGGCCUCUGGCACCAAAGCUGAGCCAGAGACCCGAAGCGCGGUCUCCCCUCCCCGCAGUCCCUCACCUUCUGCUAGCCCCCGGAUUCCUGGCCGGCGUGGCCAUUGUCAGGCCCCUGUCCUGGGCCCUCCUGGCUCACAAUGUGCAGUGCCCACUGCAGCCUGCCCAUCAGACCCCACCCAGGCAGACCUCAGCCAGGCCCUGCCCAGGCACCAAGGGUUGUGAGGCUCAGAGGUGAGGGUGAACUUCUGGGAUGCUUCCUGGAGGAGGGGGCCUGAGGCUGUGCCUCAGCCAAGGGCUGGGGGCCACGUCCCAGAGGGCCUGCCGGGCCUUCGCCUCCCCUUGCUUCGGGCCAUACGGCCCCUCCCCAGGAGGAAACACCUGGGCUGGCCGGGGGUGGCUGGAGGCCACUGGGCCAAGGUGCUCCAGGGUGCACCCCGAUCGUGAGCCCAUCACAGUGGGCUCUGUCCCAGCAUGCCAGCGCCCCAGGGUGUCUUGAGGGCCUAAAGGCGCAGUGGGAGGGGCCACCUCAACUCUCCUACCCCGACCCUGAGCCCGUGCAGUCGACGAGAGACACCCUCCACCACGCUGCAGGUGCUGCUCAUUGGCUGGACCCUCGCGCUGCUCGCGGCAUCCCCAGGCCGGGCCCAGGUCCCCACCCAGGCCAACUCUGACACCAGCCAGGUGUGUCCAGACUUCCCUAGGCCAGACCUGCUCCUCACAGACAGCCUCUUUCUGGCUGCGUUCUACCCAGAGAGGCCGGAGGGCUGGGGUAGCCCAGCCCAGCGCUGCCCAUACCCUCUCUGGCCCAAGCUUAGCUCAUGUCUGGGGACAGGGGACAGAGCUCGCGUCCGUCUGCUCGUCCAGCUCGGGGUGGGUGUGCUGCGGGGGGCAGCAGGCCCCUCAGCCCCGCCUCUGGGUUGUGCUCACGGCUACUCCCCAGGCCUCAGACGGAUGAGCGGCAGCUGCCCCCGCCCCCCGAUUCCAGGUCAGGGAGGCUGCGGCACAGGGGCUGCCCCCCAGCUCUCCCUGUCCCCUCCCUGCAGUUCCAGGGCAUCUGGUGCACGGCUGGGGCGGUGUCAGAUGACCAGGGCUUCCUGGACUCCAAGGACAGCAUGAAGAUGCCCGUGGUCUUGGUGACCCCCUUGGCCAACGGCGACCUGGGCCUCAAGUUUGGGUACCCCACGCCCGAUGGCGGGUGCCAGAAGACGGACGCGACCCUCACCAAGGAUGCCGUGGACGGGCGGCUCAGCAGCGCGGCCAUGGCCCAGACCAACAUCCGGGUGGCUUUCACCGACUACAAGCACUUCACCGUGUUGUACUCCAAGAGGCAGAAGGGGGACGUUAGGAACGUCUGGCUGCAGCUCUACAGCGGGUGAUGGGUGGUGGGUGACCCAGCUAGAGGGGCAGCACUCCUGACGCAUCCCUCAGCCCAUCACGGCCUUCUCUGGGGGCCACAUGCAAGGUUUGGUCUGUAGUGCCCACGUGCCCUUCGCAGCAAGCUCUGACUCGGUGGCAGGUGGAACCACCAUCUCCCAGUGUCUCCUUGGGGUCCCUCCUCACCCCCUGCUCCCCACUUCCCCCUCCACCUCCCAGCCCUGCCCCUCUGCUCACCGGCCCUCCCUGCUCUCAGCCCGGGCCCCAGAGCCAUUUCCUGAAGAUGUCCAGAAGAUGCAGCAGCUGGCACCCCAAGUGGGCUUGAACCCCAGCCAGGGCGCCCUGCUGCCCAAGUCAGGUGAGCGCUGUCCCCAUGCCGGCUCAGGGCUGCAGGAGCUGAAAGACCCUAGACCCUGAUGGUGGGAGGGCGGGGUCGGGGGAAGCCAGGGCCCAAGCCUCACUCCACUAGCCCCAGACCCAAAACAGGAGGACCAGGGGAGGGUGGGCGGUGCCCUGGCCGGUGCCCCUCAGGAGGGGGUCACAGGCCAGGACGCUUGGCUACUCUGGGGAGGGUGUGGCGCCUCCGGCCCGGGGAGGGGGCACUGGGUGUUUCCUCGGGCCCUGCUGUCUUCCACAGACCAGUGUACUGGCGCCCUCGCCUAGGUGAGUGCAUGGGGCUGGCCCGGACCCAGUGCCCUGCUGGCACAGGGAGGCCCCUCCUGGCCGGAGGGCUGCACUCUGGGGGUCCUCCGUCCUGGGGCAGCGGCGGGGAGGGACAGAGUGGGGCCCCGGGGCGGGCCCAGGGAGGGCAGGAGGAGGUGAGAGGAUGCCGCCCCUCCCCACAGCUGCUGCCCGGUUGGUUUGCAGUAAGGGACCCAGCCCAGGGGUUGGAGCAGAGGGCCGUGAUGCUGGGGCUCAGGGUACCCAGCCUUCCUCAAAGAGCAGUGGCCUCCCUCCACCCCCAGGCCCCAGCACCAUAAACUGUCUCGAAAAGCCAGCGCUGUGCUUUUCUUGGGUGGGGGCAGGAAUAGGGGGAUGGGGCAGAGGAACCGUGUGGACCGGGGCAGGGGCACUCUGGGUCCCCCUGAGGCCUGGGACCCGCCCGGAGAGGGACAGUGCGGGGCUCAGGCUCCAACCCUGCAGGGAGGCCCCUCCAUGGCCGGUUCUGGGGACCCAGAGAGACUGGAGUGGGACCCCUCGCCACCCAGGCAGGUGUUAGGCCUGGGAGGGGCCGAGGCUUGGCCCCACGGGUGGUAGGAUCCUCCAUCGGUCACACGGGGCAUCACAGUGGCUUCCCUGGGUCCCCCGCUGACACCGGGCGCCAGGCCAGGGGUGCUGCCCUCGCUCCGUGGCGCAGACCUGCGUGCAGUUGCCUGACAGAGCCGUGCCCGACCCACACCCAGCGCGUGCCUGGGCUCCACAGGCCCUGGGGUCCUCCCAAACCACAGCCCAAGCGGGUCUGCGCCACUUCCCACCCCAGGCAGCCUUCCAGCACCCCUUCUCCCUUGACCCCCGCCCUCAAGGCAGAGCUCUGUCCUGCCGUUGUGUUUAUGAGGGAAACAGCGCGGUCCUUCAAGGACUGGUCCUGAAGAAUUUGAGGGUAAAAUGGCACAGUAUCUGUCACGUAACUAGUUCAGAAAAAAAUCGUACCAGAUGUAAAUAUGUCAAAAUGUUGAUCGUGGUUCCAUCUGGGUGACGGUUUGUUAUACUAUCAUUUCUGCUCUUCAGUCGGUUAGACAGGUUUUCCUUAGAAACACAGCCCUGUCCUACCAGAUGGCGAGGUCACUGGGAUAAAGAGCCCCGCAUCCCAGGGACCGCAGACAGCCCCUCCACACCUGCACCCAACACCUGGAGGCCCUGCCGCUGCCCCUGCCGCCUGGCCGACCUGCCGGCCUCUGGCCCUCUGCAGACACUACAAGGGCAGGGUCUCCCCCCUCCCCCCAGCCUGACACCAGUCCCACUAUGUGGGAGCAGGUGGGAAGGCCCAGAGAUCCAGCACCUCCCACCCAAGAUGCCACCUGCCAACCAGCAGAGGCACCCGCAGAGAGAGACUGGUGAUGAACUUGCAGUCUACUUGCUUUUUCUUCUGCCCUUUGCAGCGCCGUGUGGCUUGUGGGAUCUCUCUUCCCCAACCAGGGAUCAAAGCCGGGGCCCCCCGCAGAGCAAGUGCCGAGUCCUAAGCACUGGACCGCCAGGGAAUUCCCAGUUGAUCUAUUGAUCAACUGAUCUAUCGGUUGUCAUUCAGCUUCCACGUGGAACAAGAGAAGGCGUGGUGGAAAUUGCCCAGGAGCAGGGAUUUAAGGCGGGGCGGGGUGGGGGGAAGAGUCUCCAGCAGGCUCUCAGUCCCUUCUUUCCCCACUAACUCAUCCCUCCCAUGUCCCCUGGGAAGGAUCUGGAGUGAGGAGAUGCAGUUUUCCCUUCACGGCCCAUUGGGGGGCAGCCCCCCAGGGCCCCUCUGUACCCAGGAAGGGUCAUGCCCCUGGCAGCUGCGGAUCAGCCCAGUCCUGCAUGCCCUGCUCCGGCCACACGGGGGCAGACUUCAGCCAGUUCUCCACCCGGAAGCCCAGGGCUGCGUGUGUAAGAUCUGUCGGCUGGCACCCUUCUCUGGUCACAACUACUCCAGUGGGUCCCAUCUCGCUGAGAGUAAAGGCCAAAGUCCUUAGGUGGCCAACAAAGGCCCCCCGAUCGGCCUUCUUCUGACCCCACCACUAUGACUGCCGAGAGCCGGGUCGCUGGAAAAAAGAUUGUCCCAAACCUCGGUGCUUCGGGUGCCUUCAGCCCUCGGACCAGCCUUUCCAACGCCCUCCUGACCUCCAGAGACGGGGUCCGAGGAACCACGGGGGCUCUUCCCAAACCUCCCUCUUUUUUUUUUUUUUUUUCUUAAACUGUGUCUUUUCUUUCUUUCCAACCCUCCCUCUCAAUCAGCUGAGGUUGGUUACUGAUUAUUUACAUUGACGAGAGAAAAAGACAAGUUUUGUUUGAGCUAAACUGAGGACUGCAGAGCAGGAGACCCAGAUUCAAGAGGCACUUGACUUGUGUUCCCCAGGCUACACAAUGGGGGAGGCCUAUACAAGCAAAAACUGCAAAGUUACAUAAAUUGUCAAGAAUUAAAAUUGGAGCUGGCAAUAAGGAAGGUGCUUAUAAAGCAAGAAUUGGUUGGGCUCCAAAAUGCAUAGUUACCAGGAGAGAUCUUGAGAUUAUAAGGUUGCUGGUGGCAGCAACUAGCAGACACUAUUUUGAGAACAGUUGCUCAUGACCUUGAGUCUGAUAGAGUUCAGAAAAUUCAAGUUCCCAGUGAUGCAGGAACUGUCUGAAACCACAUCCUCAAUGGCCACCCGGCUCCAAUUCGGAUGCCUGAACCACAGUUUAAUACCUUGUCAGAACAACAAACAUCAAACGUGACAAGGGUACAUUUCUUCAAGUUUUCAAAACAGAUUAGCAGGUACACAGCAAG